AUGCCAGUUUCGGAUGCCAUAUUGACGCAGAUUCUGGCCCAGUUGGAGGCAAUGCAAGUCUCCCAGCAGACUAUGCAGGCAAAACUCGAUGCACCCUCUUCUCCUCUGGAACCUAAAUCCAUGAAGGGCCUCCCAAAUCUCGCUACACCAAGCACCCCGCCUAGGGAAGGUGCAUCAACUUCGACGCAGACGGACGAUGCCAAGGAGAGCGCAGUAUCAGUGCAGGCGCAAUCCACAAGGGCCGCCCUUUCCAGCGCACCUCCCUCACUUAGACCUGGCGCAGCGAGCCUUACAGACAAAGAGCGGGAGAAGCUCCUCGUGUCACAACACGAUCCCAACUUGACGAGUUGCGUUGUCGUACAAAUGACUAUUGCGGGCGGGGCUGCAGAAGCAGGGUGA